UUUGUUUACGUUUAAAUUUCGCACAAUUCUAGAAAAUUUACGAUUUUUCUUCUUUUUUAAACAUUUCAAAGCAACAAAGUACAAAAUCUUCAAUAAAAAUGUCUCUGGAGCUCGUGUUUGAACAUGAAAAUCUCACAAAACGCCUCAAUUCCCUCAAAAUUGACGAAAUUUACGACAAAGUGCUUGAUCACGGAAUUUCCUUGGACUCUUUUUACCUCACAGUGAAUGGACUUCCUUUGAAUCCGCAUGAAAAUCUCCGCGAUGGCUCCACAGUUCGUGUCAAAUUGCGUCUCUUGGGCGGCAAAGGCGGUUUCGGGUCGAUGCUUCGGGCGAUCGGCGCCCAAAUCGAGAAAACAACAAAUCGUGAGGCAUGUCGGGAUCUCAGUGGACGCCGUUUGCGAGACAUCAACGAGGAAAAACGCCUCAAAGCGUGGCUGGAAAAGCAAAAAAUCGAACCCGAAAGUCCCGAUGAGAAAUUCAAGAAGAAAAUCGGGAAACUUCUCGCGAAACCAAAACACGAAUUCAAGGACGACAAUUACAUGCAAGAGCGAACGACGUUGACGGAGCGCGUGGAUGAAGCAGUUGAACAGGGAUUCAAGAAGGCGCAAGAGAUUGAAGCGAGUCGCGGAGUAAAAAGAGCGAAUGUCGACGAGAAAGGGAAUCCAAAGAAAGCGAAAGGAGCGAUUUGGACCGGAUUGGAAGACGGAAGUAGUGGCGGCGAAGAUGAUUCGAGUGAUUCAGAUACGGAAGACGAGGAAGAAUUUAGCCCGGAAGAUCCAACGAUGAAGAAAAUUAUUGAGCUGUACAUGAAGGAUCGAGAAAAGGAGUUGACGAAAGAUGACGAAGGCACUUCGAGUGAUAGUAAAGACGCGUAAAAUAAGAAAAAAUAAAAAAAAGUAACGAAAAUGUCAAAUAAGUUUUUAUAGCACAACUGGGUUCGUUCAUACAUGAUGUCAAAAAAUUUUUGUUAAAAAAAAUAUUUAAAGAAAUUG